AUGGUGUCAAUUUUUCGGCAUUGGAGAAAAAGGCUUCAGCCGGUGCUUUUUGGGCCUGGAGCCUUGAGAUUUGCGGCAUCUACUCGGGGCGACUAUGCGACGACGUCCCUGACCGGCAGCAUGAGAUUGCAUCCGGGUCGCAAGAAGAAAGCCUUCAAGGCGGAUUGCACAAGGAUCUGGGGCAAUCUUUUUGACUACACUUAUGCGCAGUAUAAGGACAAUCACACUCCGGUCGCAAUCCGUUGCCAAAAGCACGGGAUGUUCUGGAUGAAGCCCCGUGAUCACAUCCAGCGCCGCCUUGGGUGUCCCAAGUGCGGAAGUCUCUUCGUGCCGGGGUCUCUACAAGAAAGGGCUGCCAUGAUGUUGACCACGGGCCCCACACCCGCCCUCGGCCAGCACGUCCUCCGGUCGCACAAGCUGGCGCUAGAGAUCACCGCGGUGGCUCUGAAAGGUGCGGCGGGACAGGCGAGCUGGGUGGCAGAAGUUGGGGUCGGAGCAGGGGCGCUGACGGCUGCUUUGUUGCAGAGCCCGGCCUGCGCAGGGGUGGUGGGCUUUGAGCUGGACGAGCGAAUUUUGUCCCAGGCCCUGGAGAAAGGUGGUGUCAUACGUCGAUACCAUCCGAUUUGCAGGGAUAUCCCCGAGGCUGCACGCACGUUACGUCGUGAGGCCUGGGAAGACCACCUGACCGGCAGCCUCACGCGUUGCUUCGUCUUUAAAGGCGACUUCUUGGCUUGCCGGGCAGUACCAAGCCGCUGCCGUAUCGCAGUGGGUAACAUUCCCUACAAAAUCUCCACAGCUGUAGUGACGAAGUUGCUGUGUCAGGAGCCUCUCAUGGAGAGGGUUGUCUUGAUGGUGCAAGCCGAAUUCGCGCGCAAGCUGUUGGCAAAGCCGGGCUCAGUGAAGUUUGGGCGCGUCUCUGCGUUGGUGCAGGCCCUUUGCUCGAAUGCGCAGUUCGCCAUCCCCGGUCUGCUCACGCCGGACGUUUUCUCACCGCCCCCGCGCGUGGACUCUGCUGUGGUCCUCCUGGAGCUGCACCAGGUGCCUCUCCGACAUCGCGGAGUGGAGGUGCCCGCGGCGGCUUUGGAUCAGCUGCUGCGUCUGCUCCUGGACACCAGGGGGCCGACACGCGGCGAAGGCCUGGAGGCCCGGCUGACGGAAGUGGCGGAGCGGGUGGCGGCUCAGAGCCUUCCUGACUCCUGGCGGUUGGCCAUGGCAAAGGCGGGCGUGGAUCCGGCGAAGCCUCCUCUGGCGAUGGCCACAGAAGAGUUCGUGGCCUUGGCAGCUGAGCUUCGAAACCUGGGCUUUGCUUCCGAUGCCGUGCGGAGAGAUCUCGACUGA